AUGCGCCAUCACGACAAGUUUUCUGCUCUUGUUGAUUGGAUUAAGGAAUUGCACGUCGUUAAGGAAGAAAAUGGGCUGAUCAGGAAUAUUGUUGAUCAAAAGAUCGCCGAGGCUCUGAAAUGCUGCAAACUUUUCUUCAAGGUGUGGCUCAGUAUUUUUCUCUUGAGUCUAAUUUGUGCUUUAGCGUCCAUCAGCACAAGAUACAUAUACAUAUUUCUGCCGAACUUCGAAGCGGAUUCAAAUUACAUUACAUAUCAACUCCUUCAAGCAUUCUUUCUGUCUUAUGCUGUAGUUUGGACAUGCUGUGCAGAUGCAUCUCUGGUUUUCAUCGGAAUCUACAUUCUAUUCUUCAUGAAGAUCAUCAAUGCAAUGAUAAAGAACCUGGAUAGCGCGGAAAGCAAGGAAAACCGCUCUGAUCUUCUCAUUCAAAUCGUGAAGAAACACGUGAAGUUGCUUGAAAUCUUGAAUAUGUUCAAUGACGCAAUCGCAAUCAUCUCCUUAAUUCAAUUGGUGAUGAGCACUAUUAUUUUUCUAAGUCUCUUCUUUGCAUUUCAAGUGUACAAGGAAUUUUUCAUGUAUACCAUUAUUCCAACAAUGAUGAUCCAAUUGGCUUUGCUGUGCAUUUUUGGCGAAAUGAUUCGCACGGAGAAUGAAAAUAUUUUUCAAAAUCUCUACCAGACAAAUUGGUAUGAAUUUAGUGUGAAGGAGCAGAAAAUCGUCCUGCUCAUGAUGAUGAAUUCUUGCAAUGAAAUCGGACUGAAGGCAGCCGGAAUGUAUGACAUUUCCUUGGUGACUCUUGUUCAGAUCACGAAAUUAUCUUUCUCCUACUCGGCAAUCAUUCUCACAUUCUACAAAUAA